AUGCCCAGUGCUUUGCUCUCAUUCUUGCGACUGCAGCCAAAAUUCACCCCACCCUCACUUCUUCGAAGGUCUAAAUCUUGGAACAGAAAUUUAAAUUCUGUUCAACAGAGUUUCAUUGAUAACAUGUUGGUCUUGCACACUGUGAUGCAGGAUUCUCGCCACAUGCUUGUUCUUCAGUUAUGCCUUUUUGCUGCCCUUGCUGCUGUUGUUUACAGUGACUGUAGCCCUCCAAAACGCUUAUCUUUUGCUGUGCAGAGGAGUCCAGAGGCAGAGAGCUAUCUUGUUGGGACAAAUGUGAUUUACCAUUGUAUGCCAGGUUAUGAACCUGUUCGUGGAAGACGUCCUGUUAUUACAUGCCUUGAAACUUCAGAAUGGUCAGAAGUCACUCAGUUUUGUCAAGGAAGACGUUGUUCUUUUCCAUAUAUAGAAAAUGGCAAAAUAGCAAAUAUGACUGACCUCCGGCUGGGUGAUCAAAUAACCUUUGCCUGCAAUGAGGGAUACAUAUUAAUAGGGCAAAAUGCUGCUCGUUGUAUGGUGGCGGCAGGCAGAGUUGUUUGGAGUCGAGAGCCUCCACAUUGCCAACGCAUUCCUUGUUUGCCCCCACCUACAAUUGCCAAUGGAAAGCAUAGUGGUUCUGAUAGAGAUGACUAUGAAUAUGGCUCAGCAAUAACAUACAACUGUGAGAGUGGGUUCUCUCUUAUUGGAGACAAGACUAUUGUAUGUACAGUGGAAGAAAAUGGCAUUAAUGGAAAAUGGAGUGAAUCUGCACCUAGAUGUGAAGUGGUAGAAUGUAGGAGACCAGAAAUCUCAAAUGGAAGAAUAGUAUCUGCGUAUCAGCCUUCAUAUACAUAUGGCAAUACUGUGAUGUUUGAAUGCUAUCAUGGAUAUAUUUUGCAAGGGGAAAAUGUUAUUAAAUGUGAGGAUGAUAAUACAUGGCAUCCUGUUCUUCCCGUAUGUGUCCCAAAUAGCUGUGGUCCUCCAACUGGACUGAACUUUGCUGAGCUACUUGUUGCAUAUAAAAAUAAGACCUCGUAUCCUGUUGGAUCAGUUGUGAAAUAUGAGUGCCAACCGGGCUAUACUAAACAACCUAAACAGCCAUCCUUUAUUAUAUGUCUUACAAGCAUGAAGUGGUCAAGUGUUCAUGUGCUCUGUGAAAAGCAAACAUGUGGAAAUCCAGGAAAACCAAAGAAUGGCAGGUUGAUUGAACCAAAAGAUUUUCUUUUUGGCUCCACUGUAAAUUUCACCUGUGAUGAAGGGUACAGGCUAAUUGGUCAGUCUUCCAUACAGUGUGUGAUAUCUGGUCAGACAGUAGCAUGGAGUGCUGAAAUUCCUGUUUGUCAGUAUGGAACUUUACUUCCUUCCUCUGGACCCAAUGUCACCUCUGUCUUCAGUAGUCAGCCGACAGCAGUGACAGUUCCUGCUUAUACCACUGUUUUACCCACAUUCCAAACAGAGUUAGCCUGGGAGAAGCUGUUCAUAAUACUACAAGAGAUCAAGGACAUAGUAAACAUAAAAACAAAAUCAUUGGAAGAACGCCUGGCUCGGUUAGAAAAUAAAGUGGACAAAGUCAUAUAUAAAUUCGAGUCCUGCUGCCAACAGGCUAGAGAAGAAAGGCUGGAGGAGGAGCAAGAUGAGCAGUGA